GAAGUGACGCUCGCGUCAGUUCUCUCCCAGUUCAGUACCACGCAGCCUCUCGGUUAGAGCGCCGCGUCGCCUAGCGAACGUCCCGCGAGGAGUGCAGUGUCAGUGUUCAUUUGUUAAUCAUUUCUUAACCAGUUUAAGAUGUAACCGAGUAGCGUAUGCGCGCGGUGAUGUUUCGUCUAAUAUGCAGUGGGGCAGUCUCUACAUCGUGUGUUUAGCACUGUGUUGCCUGCAAACAACGUCUGAGCCACUACGCUUCUCCCAGGACCAACCGCAUGGCCGGUUUCGGCGAAGCGACGAAAAGGACGGUCUGGCGCUAUCCAGAGAAAUAUUCAGGAACAUCACGAAGCAACUCCGAGAGAACAUCAAGCGUGAAGGACCGACCGACAGGAGCGACCAUUUGUUACAUAGUAAAUUAGAAGAAUCCCGUCACUAUGGGCAGUAUCAGGGCUACCACCAUCACGAGCACCACUGGGGCCCCUACUUUGAGGGCGACGUGGGCGAUCCCGAGGGCACGAUGCAAGUGACAGCACAUGUGGGCGCCGAGGCCCUUUUAAAUUGUAGGGUUGGCAUGCUGAAGGAUAAAACAGUAAUGUGGUUGCGGCGUACAACCGAUUCCGCGCAAUUGCUCACCGUUGGGAGAUCUCCGUACGCCGGUGAUAAUCGGAUAGCUGUCAAGUUCCAGUACCCCAAUAAUUGGAGGCUCAGCAUGAACCCCGUCAAGAGGUCUGAUGCGGGCUUGUAUAUGUGCCAAAUAUCAACACAUCCUCCUAAAGCAAUAUUAGCUAAUUUAACUGUUCUGCCUCCAGUUUUAACGAUAAACGGAGACCAGACUCAUGAACUGAAGGAUAGAUUUUACAAAGCGGGAAGCUCUAUAAAAUUGUCCUGCGUCAUAUCAGAUGAAUACGUAGCCUCACUAACCACGAAGGUGCCCCUAACUACAGCUGUCCCAACCACAACCACGCCUUUAACUACAACUACUGAAAUGACAACAAAAAUGAGCACAAUUUUUAAUAGAAUAGAUUUGAUGAUGAACAAAAGUUGGAGUGUGGAGACCACAACGAUAACUUCAACAGUUAGUGUUAGUACAACUACAAAAAAUAUGCCAGAAUUGAAGACGACGGUAGCCCCUGUGAUAACGUCAACUGUUCCAACGGUGGUGAAUAACAUUUACGGGAUGGUUUGGAAGAAACAGGGAAAAGAAUUUAAUGAGAACGUAUCGUGGCGGAAUAUGAGUGCCACAAUCAGCGUUGCAUCGGCGUCGCAGAACGACAGUGGGACGUACACGUGCCACUUACAGAACCAUUCACAAGUUAUUAUCAACGUUCAUGUUUUGAUUGGUGAAAACCAAGCUGCUGUUCACCACGACACGUGGAACAAGGGGACCUUAUUUUGGCAAAGCCUUUCUCUAAUCUAUCUUUCAAUGUUUCUAAUAUUUGCUACUUGAAAUAGUGGUUAUUAUGAGAAUGUUAUAAGACUUUGUUUAUUGAAAAUGGUACACGAUUGGUGAUACUAGAGAAUAUUGUAAAAAAAUACUACACUGCGUUUUCGGAGAAUUAUAUGUAACGUUUAGUGGAACAGAUAAAAUAUUUCUUUGAAUAAUAUUAUAAUUCUUUAUUUUAAAAAUGAAAACAAACUAUAGUAAAUAAGUAAAAACAAUUUAUAAAAAAUAGCUGAAAGCUUGAUGAAAGGCACGUUGAUACAAUUCAAAUACCUAAAAGUACCUUUGUGUUAAAUUAUCAAGUCUUUCGAGUGUAUUCGAAAUAUAGGUUUAAAUAUUACAAAAUGUUAGAAACAGAGUUUGAAUAUUUUCCUUGCGAUAUUCUAUCAUCACACGAGUUUACAUAUGGUAAAUCAAAUUUUAUUCAAAUGAUACCACAAUAUAUAAAUAACUAUCGAUAUGUAAGGUCCAACCCGCUGCUUAAAAACCGGUGACGGUAUAGAAUCGCAAUGACGUGACGCAUCGUAGCGUUUUUAUCGCAUGCUCCUCACACCGCUGCUUAAAAAACUUUACGGCACGUUACUGCAAUUCCGCACAGUCACCGUGUUUAGCAGCGGUGUGUGGAGCAUGCGAUAAAAAUGGUACGCUUACGAUGCGUCUCUGCGGUUCCGCAACGUCACCGUAUUUUAAGCAGCGGUGUGGUCGGACCUUUAUUAUAACAGCUAUUUAUUGCAGUAAAAAGGUACAUUCGAAUUGAAAAACACAUGUUUAAAGGACAAUACUUGCAUGAAUAACCAUUUUUAAUCGACUUCAAAAAAAGAGGAAGUUCUCAAUUUGUGGAAACAUAUAUGUUUAAAUAUUAUCAUAACGAGUUGUCAAAGGUUCAAGCGCUUAUCCGAUUUUGAUUGUAAUAUAUAUAUAUAUGUAUUUUUAAUUAAAAAUAACAGAAACUGUGAUUAGCUAUAAUCAUUGUUAUAUUUAAAAAAGAUAUGCGCGUUAAUAUAACCACGUAGACUGUAAAUAAUGGGUUUUAUUCUCUACUUAGAAUUAUUUUCUAUGUAAAGAAAUAAAAUAAGAGUAUAUUCGUAAUAUAUCUCAAUGUUAUAUUAAUAGGUUAAAUAGGUGAUCACUUCAUCGUGUAUUUACUUAAUGCAACUGUACAGUUAAAAACCAUUGAACUAUUGUGAAUAAGGAAUAGAUCUAAUCUGUAUUAUUAUCGGCAAAGCCAUUUAGCUCUUUAAUUCAUAAAAGUGAUUUAUCUACAUCUACAUCAUAACCUACCUACGAUAAACUAACAGCCUUUAUUAAAAAACCUGUAUCUGUAGGUGCAUCUUAAUUUUUACUUUAUCGAUAACCGAUUCCUUAAUUACAUUCAAAUUUAGAAUAUCUCUGAGAAACAAAGAAAUUUGAUUUGGCCUCUAUUCUAGUAGCUGUCGAGAUGAGGUUUCAUUUGAAAUAAAGUGUCAGUUGCAAACAAUUUUGACAAAUUUCGCAUGUUUCUUGAUAUCGAAUUAUAUGGCAGUCUGCCCUGACUCUAGUUUGUUUCUUUAUAUAUAUAAAAAACAAGUAAUUAGUUUGUAAGUAUAGUAUUACUUUGUUUUGUUGAAGCUUAUGAUAUUGAUGUAGAUAAAGCAGUGUAUGUAACUGUACAUAUUAAGGAAUUAACAUACUCGUGUGAUCCCUUUAUGAAACUUAUUUCAUCCGUUUUAUAAACCCACACUCGUAUUUUAAUGCCUUUCAUUAUGUAGCAGUCCCAGUCUCAUAAACUACUAUAAUAUGUUGUUGCACAAUUAUGUUAACAAAUACUGAAAUUCUCUUUUUUAACAGAAACAAGGCGACUAAGGUUAAAUAACUGUAAGAUCUAUAAAUAAAUCUAAUAAUGAUACUA